AUGAAAAGAUGUUGGGAUUCCGAUCCUAAUAAAAGACCGCCAACUGGUGAAUUGGUUGAAAUUCUUGCUUGUUGGUUUGGAUUAUUAUCAAAAGUGGAAUAUUGGAAGAAUACUCUUUCCUGUAGAAAAAUUGAUUAUUCCGCAAAAUUAAAUGAAAUUUUAAAUCAAAAAGAAUUAAGUUCUAAAUUAGUAAUAUAUGGAGAAAAAGAAAACUGUAUAAUUAUGAUGCAACAUUAA